UUAACACACAUUUCCUUGCCUAUUAGUUGGGGACAUUAAGAGACCUUUCCUCCAGCAUUAGGAUUAAGUCAGACAAAACAAAGCUUUCAGCACGGAGGCCUUGGUUCUGCACAGAAAUCCCCAGGCUAGUUCAAAGACAGAGUUGUUGGGCGCACCCUAGCAGGGCAAUUACCUCACAGAGCAGGGGAAUCCAGAGAGGUGGGCAGGACAGGCAGCACUUUGAUUAGCCCUGCCUUCUCCCUCCUCCAGUGGCCAGAGGCAGGCAGGAGGGCCCCAGGCAGCAGUUCCACCUACCCUCCGCCCCUUCUUCAGUCUUGCACGCCUCCAGGGCUGGAAAGCUCAUUCUUCUUCCUCCUAGCAGCUCUGCCUGGAAGUCCCCCAAUCCCUGUGCUCCUGCCCCCAGAUCGUGGACUUGGGAGACAGCAAGAAAGCUGCAAAGGACUAGGCUGGGGCGGCUCCACAAGGACCCCACAGGCUUGAGGCGUUGCCAGAUUCUAUCCCAGACAGUCUUCUGGGUCCCCCAGAGCCCUCUCAAGCACAGGGAGGCAGAAGGGUCCUCACCCAUUUCAGGAGUCUGCAGCCUGGAGGCCACGGCCAUGGCAGGCCCCCGAUACCCAGUUUCAGUGCAAGGAGCAGCCCUGGUGCAGAUCAAGAGGCUCCAAACCUUUGCCUUCUGUGUGCGCUGGUCAGACGGCAGUGACACCUUCGUGCGCAGGAGUUGGGACGAAUUCAGGCGGCUCAAGAAGACCCUCAAGGAGACCUUCCCGGUGGAGGCGGGCCUGCUGCGGAGAUCUGACCGCGUUCUCCCAAAGCUUCUCGGUCAGGCCAGCCUGGAUGCACCACUGUUGGCACACGGGGGGCGCACGAGCCGCGGCCUGGCGCGCCUGCAGCUGCUGGAAACCUAUUCUCGGAGGCUGCUGGCGACUGCAGAGCGUGUGGCACGGAGCCCGGCGAUCACUGGCUUCUUCGCACCGCAACCCGUGGACCUGGAGCCCGCGCUGCCACCCGGCAGCCGAGUGAUCCUGCCCGCCCCAGAGGAGCCGCUUGUCUCGCGCGCUGCGGGCCGCCUCUCCAUCCACAGUCUGGAGACUCAGAGCCUGCGCUGCCUGCAGCCCUUCUGUACCCAGGAUACGCGGAAUCGGCCUUUUCAGGCGCGGGCCCAGGAGAGCCUGGACGUCCUGCUGCGGCACCCCUCAGGCUGGUGGCUGGUGGAGAACGAGGACCAGCAGAUGGCCUGGUUUCCAGCGCCCUACCUGGAGGCGGCGGCCCCGGGCCGGGGCCGGGAGAGGGGCCGGUCCCUAGGCAGCAGCGGUCCCCAGUUCUGUGCUUCCCGCGCCUACGAGAGCAACCGCGCAGAUGAGCUGUCCGUGCCCGCGGGGGCGCGCGUGCGGGUGUUGGAAAAGUCAGACCGCGGCUGGUGGCUGUGCAGGUAUGGCGACCGGGAGGGCCUCCUCCCCGCGGUGCUGUUGCGGCCGGAAGGGCUGGGCGCACUCCUGAGCGGGACGCGGUUCCGUGGAGGAGACGACCCGGCCAGUGAGGCCCCGGGGUCCCGGGAAGCCUCCCAGGCCACCGCCCCUCCCCCCACCGUGCCCACCCGACCUUCGCCGGGCGCCAUCCAGAGCCGCUGCUGCACCGUCACACGCAGGGCCCUGGAGCGGCGCCCAGGGCGCCAGGGCCCGUCUCGAGGGUGCGUGGACCCUAUGCCUGUGCCGCACCCUACUACGGAGCGGUGAGCGCCAGGAUCCCGAUGCGGGGAUGGACCGCGCCAUCCCAGGGCUGAGGAGGAGCGGGGAGGGCGGAUCUCCCUGGCCGGCAGGACGGGAGGGGGGUAUUUGCUGUUCCUCUGAGUAAAGCUUGUUCUGAAUGACCCCC